AUGGCUUCCCAACAUGAGCCCCAAGUGGACAGCUCCAUUGUAAAAACAGGAGCGGAGGAGUCACAAAGUCAACUACCUAUCUGUGACUGGACUGACAAGGCUGAAGUCAAGCUGAGAAGAAAAAUCGACUUCACCAUCUUACCCAUGCUCAUGCUCGGCCUUUUCGCCCUCCAACUCGACAGAGGAAACGUCGGCUACGCCAUGACAACAAGCUUCACCGAAGAUCUCCGCAUAAACAACGAUAACGUCAACACCGGAAACCAGCUCAUGCUCGCAGCCGUCGUAAUAUUCGAGAUACCUUUCAACAUGGUCCUAUCCCGAAUCGGGCCUGCGCUUUGGCUGAUUAUCCAGAUUUUGGCGUGGGGAACAAUCGCAACGGCGCAAGCAGCUGUCCACAACAAAUCGGGAUUCUACGCCACGCGAUUCCUGCUGGGAAUGUGGGAAGCCGGAUACCUUGCUGCUGCGCUGACGAUUCUUGCGUCUUUUUACACGAGGAAGGAGAUGGCAAUGCGGGCUACGCUUGUGUAUGUUGGGAAUUACUGCUCUGCCGGUGUAAGCGGACUUCUCGCAGGCCUGAUCUUCAAAAUCCCAGAGACGAGCGGUUUGAAAAAAUGGCAGUGGCUUUUCAUCAUCGACGGUCUCUUCACGCUGGUCGUUGGCUUCGUUUUCAUCUUGAUCAUGCCUCGCUCGACUACCAACACGCUUCCACUUGCAGGUAUCAAGUGGUUCGACCUGUUCACCGCCGCAGACAGGGACAUCCUGGCCAAGCGCGUCAUCCUCGAUGAUCCGCGCAAGCACGUGAAACUCUCUGGCAUCAGCCCCAAGACUGCGCUGCGCAUUCUCUUGACCAGCUUUCCAAUGUGGGGUCAUUUCGGCAUUAACGCCAUCUCCAUCACACCCAAAGGUGGUUUGGUUUUCUACACGCCCACCAUCAUCAAGAACCUCGGUUUCGGGCCAUCCACUGCGAGCUUCCUGGCAGCCGUUAGUAACUUCGGCGUAUGCAUCUUGGCAAUCCUCGUAUCUUGGGUCAGCGACAAGACAUUGUCUCGAGGACCUCUUUGCCUACUUUGCGGCGUGUACUCACUCGCUUUCUCGGGGGUUCAAUUAGCUGUUGUCGGGAGUAGUGACGUCUGGAUGAAGUACGCUAUUCUAACACUUCUGGGUUCAGGAGUGGCGGUAUCUCAGAGUCUCAAUGAUGCGUGGUUUAGCAUCAAUACUGCUGAUCCGCAGGUCCGAUGCAUUGGGCUUGCACUGGCCGUUGCGGGCUCAAACGUGGGAGGACUCGCUGGACAGAAUAUCUUUGUGAAAAGUGACGCGCCAUACUAUCGCAAUGGGUUUCUGAAGAUCUUGUGCCUCUACGCGGCCAGUAUUGUACUCGUUGCUGGAGGAUGCAAAAGUCAGGAGAGCUUGAAGAUACUGAAGAGAUAG